AUGAAACUCCUCCCUCUCCCCCCUUUCCUCCCCCUCCUCACCACCACCCUCCCCCUCCUCCCCCUCAUCCUCUUCACCCCCACCCCCACAACCGCCACCCUCACCGGCACCCUCAUCAACAACUGCCCCUACCCCAUCUACGCCAAAACCACGCGCGGCAACGGCUACGACUCGCACGAGCUGGCCCGCAUCUCCCCCGCCGGCGGCCGCUACCGCGCCGCCGUCGCCGCCCAUCCGGACGGGCCCGGCGUCACCAUCAAGGCCCAGCGCGCGCCCGACCCGGCCUGGCGCGUCGUGUAUCAGGUCGAGUAUGCGCAGAGUGGGAGGCCGGAUGCGCGGUGGGGAGGGGGUUCUGCUGGUGGGACUGGUGGGACUGGUGGGGGGACUGGGGAUUGGGUGUGGUUUGACUUGUCGACGGUGGACGGGAGUCCGUUUGGGGGGGAGUGGAGGCGGGCGGAGGUGUGGGGGUGGGGUGGCGGCGGGGCGGGAGGGAAAGGGGGUGGGGGCGGGUGGGAGAGGCGCGAGGCGUGUGGCGUUUUGGAGUGUGCGCCGGGGGAGGGGGCGUGCGAGUGGCCGGUGCCGGAGAGGGGGACGAUGGGGGAUUGCAGGGCGGGGAGGAGGGCCGAGGUCGUGGUCGAGUUGUGUGGGGGCGGGAACGGCACUGUUGCUGGGGCGGAGGGGUCGGCGACGACGUCUACCGCGUCUGCUGCUGCUGCUGGUUCUGCGUCUGCUGCUGCUGCUGCUACGCCCCACGGCGGUCAGCGGCAUGGCGGGUCGUCGUCCGCUCGCAAAAAGGUUGCCUCUUCUUUCGCUGUCGGCACGCCGCUGGUCGAUGGCGGUGCUCGGCGCACUGGUAGCGCUGCUGCUGCUGCUGCUGCUGCUGCUACUCACCCCGGCGAUCAGCGGCAUGGCGGGUCGUCGUCUGCCCGCAAAAAGGUUCCCUCUACUUUCACUGUCGGCACGCACAUGGCCGUUGGCGGUGCUCGGCGCACUGGUGGCACUGCUGCCCCGUUUGGCACUCCCCCGGCUGGUGGAUGA